AGCUUAUCGGAGCGCAGGAAAUCCCUGGCAUAUGUUGUCACAAUUAGCCUUUUUUCCCCCCAACCUUAAAACAGCAAGUGUGCGUCGCGGUGCAGACGGCGUUCAAUCCCCAUCCACUGGGCACUCGCUCUGCGCGCUCCCGUGGAUCUUUCACUGUGGCAGCAGGUGAUUUAACAAGCAGUGGGGAGGUUUUCGUCAGAGAAGAGGAUUUUUAUUAAAUCUACUGCCCCCCCUUUUUUUCUUUCCAUUUUUGCCUUGCUACAGUAAAUAAACUAGAGCAACUGUAACUCGAGAGAUUAGAAACGCGACUUGGGUGUGAGGAAUAAACCUGUAAAAAGACCUGAGGCCUGUGUGUGAAUCAGAGAGAAGGCUGUUGUCAUGCAGAAACUGGGAAAACCAGGCACAGCCAGCUGGAUGCUAGAGGACAGCCCUGCCACUUGUACAGCGAAGAACUGUCACCCAAAUCUAAAGAUGUUCCUUGCAGCCUUGUCCUACGCCUACUUUGCUAAGACCUUAUCCGGCAGCUACAUGAAAAGCACGAUUACACAACUGGAGAGACGAUUUGACAUUCCCAGCUAUCUGAUCGGCGUUAUAGAUGGAAGCUUUGAAAUUGGGAAUUUGUUAGUGAUUGCUUUUGUGAGCUAUUUUGGUGCUAAGCUCCACCGGCCUAAGAUCAUAGCAAUUGGAUGCAUUUUGAUGUCUCUGGGAACCUUCCUGAUCGCCAUGCCUCAUUUCAUCACUGGCCGCUAUAAGAUUGAAACAACCAUCAGAGCUUCCGAGAAUUCAACCAGCCAGCUCUCUCCAUGUCCAGUAAGUUCAUUGGAGUCAUCCAGGGCAGGUGAUAGGCCCUCUUCACUGCCCUCUGCAGGAUGCGAGCAAGAGUCCAGCAUUUCAAUGUGGAUGUAUGUGUUGCUGGGAAAUGUUCUGCGUGGAAUUGGAGAGACUCCUGUGCAGCCUUUAGGAAUAUCCUAUAUUGAUGACUAUGCACAGUCGGAAAAUGCUGCCCUGUAUAUAGGUUGCAUCCAAACUAUUGCAAUUAUUGGUCCUGUAUUUGGUUUCUUGCUCGGGUCGCUGUGUGCCAAGAUUUAUGUCGAUGUUGGCUACGUAGACAUGGAAACAAUCACCAUUACCCCUGAAGAUGCCCGCUGGGUAGGAGCGUGGUGGCUGGGUUACCUUGUGGCUGGCACUGUCACGCUCCUGUCCGCCGUUCCUUUCUGGUUCCUGCCCAAGUCUUUGCCAAUACCUGUGGAUAAACAUGAUAGUAUCUGUACUCCAGAGCAGACCAGGUUUAUCAAAGAUCCAGAUUCGCCAACCCUGGACCACAAGAUCAGACCUGAGGAACCAACCAAUUUACACGUUAUGGCCAACGAAUUUGUGCCAACAUUGAAGAUACUUCUUGGGAAUCCUGUAUACAUCCUCUACCUGGGUGUAACAAUCAUUCAGUUCAACUCACUCAUUGGCAUGGUGACCUACAAACCAAAAUACAUUGAGCAGCACUACGGCCAGUCGGCAUCAAAAGCCAAUUUUCUUAUGGGCAUGAUCAACAUCCCAGCUGUGGCCCUUGGGAUGUUCUCUGGAGGCGUUGUCAUGAAGAAGUACAAACUGGGCGUAACGGGAGCAGCUAAAUUUGCCUUUGGGACUUCCCUGUUGGGGUUCUUUCUGUCAUUCCUAUUCUUAGCCAUGGGCUGUGAGAACACGAAGGUGGCUGGCAUCACAGUUUCAUACACUGGAAUGGAAGACUUCUCUUAUCAGGAACAGUCUUUGUUUUCUGACUGUAAUUCCGGUUGCUUGUGCUCACCAAAGGAGUGGGACCCAGUGUGUGGAGAGAAUGGGAUCACCUACAUAUCUCCGUGUUUAGCUGGAUGCACGUCGUCCUCAGGCUCUGGAAGAAACAUGGUUUUUGACAACUGCCGGUGUGUGUCAGUGACUAAUGUCCAACCAGGAAAUAUAACGGCUAGUUUAGGCCAGUGUUCACUCGGACACAGCUGUGACAGAGUGUUUCCGUACUUCCUGGCUCUGUCUGUCCUCAGUUCCUUCAUCAUCUCUCUCGGGGGUACGCCGGGCCUCAUGCUUCUUGUCAGGUGCAUAAAGCCUGAGUUGAAAUCCCUAGCUCUUGGAAUCCACACACUGGCCACACGCACCCUGGCAGGAAUACCCGCUCCCAUCUACUUUGGCGCUAUAAUAGAUACAACCUGCCUCAAAUGGGCAUACAGCACAUGUGGAGGAAAAGGUGCUUGUAGAAUAUACAACACUUCAUCGUACAGGAUAGUGUACCUGGGCCUCACACUUGGUCUGAGGGCGGUCUCCUUCUUCCUUUGUAUUUGGGGAUUUGCUCUUCUCAAAAGACAUAUUAAAAGGGAGGAGAAGGAGGCUCUGAGCAACCAAAAUGGUGAACUGGAGUCGCUGAGGAAAGAAGAGAACAGCUCCAUGCACUGUGAGCAAUUUAUACUGAGCCCUGACUGCAAUCCCGAAAGAGAGACUCGUUUGUAAGCUCCUACACAUCGUCCUCUCUUCUGACUCUUGAUGCACCACACGUGUGCUGAGACAUAUCUCAGACCAGACAGGUAUAUACUGUAUAUUUGUACAUGAUUUGUGCAGAAGUGUGCUAUCUGAAACAUUUAGAAAGAAAAAAAAACAAGCGUUUUAAGUUUGGUUUCCGUCCUUAAUAUAGUUGUGCUGAAUUUUCUGUCGGAAUCUUUGCUUUUAUUUUCAGCCUGGUUGUAAUGUCAUUUUGUGUACCAGGAUAAGAAAACUGUAGUCACACCCUGCUUUGUUAAUGUUGUGUUCAUGCAUUUGCUCACAUGUACAUUUGCAUUAUGUCUUCGGUAUACAUUGGGACAACAUUUUUAAAUCUCUACAGGCAAAGUUUAAAUGUAAGUUCUCUGCAAGGGAAAAUAAUCGCUGUAUGUCCUGAAUAUGUUGAUUCUAGCAUUGCCUUGCAUACCCUAUACUGUAUGUUGCAAAGGCAACAGUUUAAGCGUUCUAACUAAUAUGUUACUUUUAAACAAAUAAUGCAAAGAUAAGGCUCUUUGCCGCAAAACCUACCUCAUUUUUCUGGUUGUACUGUGUGGUGUGUGGUGUGUGGAGUCCAUGUAGCCACCGCUGUGCCUCAUUUUGUUUUAAAUUUGAAUGUCACUCUA